GUUCACUCAUCUGACCCUGCGUUGAGGGCAACAGGAGAUCAAACCGAGACAUCCAUCGCCAUUCUCCUCUCUGAGAAGUUGCAAUGCCUGCAGACUACGAGACAUACGAACUGGGCGACUUCGCUCUGCAAAGCGGCGCCACCAUUCCCAAGGCGUGGAUAGCAUACAAGACCUUUGGCUCGUCCAGCAACCCCGCCGUCCUCUACCCAUCCUGGUACUCGGGCCUCAUCUCCGACAACGAGUGGCUGAUUGGCGCCGACAAGACCCUCAACGCGGACAAAUACUUCAUCAUUAUCACCGCCCUCUUUGGCAACGGCCAGUCCAUCAGCCCUUCCAACUCGGAUGUCGUGCCGUUCCCGGAUGUCACUUUCUACGACAAUGUCAAAGCCCAACAUCGCCUGCUCACAGAGAAGCUUGGGGUCCAGCAUCUGAGGGCCGUGCUCGGCUGGAGCAUGGGCGCCGCCCAGUCGUUCCAGUGGGCCACCCAGUAUCCCGACUUCGUGGACAUUGCCGUGCCCUUCUGCGGCAGCGCAAAGACCUCGAUCCACAACCAGGUGUUUUUGGAAGGCGUCAAAUCCGCCCUGCUGGCAGGCAAAGGGCUCAGUUCCGCGGGGAGUACCUUUGGCAGGGUCGAGAAUGCUCAGGACACCGCCUCCGUGAAAUCAAACCGCCAGUGGACCGAUCACGAGAAGGCAACCGGUCUCAAGGCCUUCGGGAGAGGAUACGCUGGCUGGGGCUUCUCGCAGGCCUUUUACCGCGCAAAGCUUCACGAAUCGGCCUACGGUGCCAAAGACCUGGAGGAUUUCAUGGUAAACUUCUGGGAGACUUGGGCUCAGUCCAAGGAUCCCGAGAAUCUGUUGGUCAUGCUGUACACCUGGCAGGCUGGAGACGUCAGCAAGCAAGAACCUUAUAAUGGAGACUUUGAGGCGGCCAUGAGGGCGAUCAAGGCGAAGACCUUGGUUCUGCCCAGCAAGACGGAUCUGUACUUCCCACCCGAUGAUUCCGAGUAUGAAGUCAAAAACAUGGCUCCGGGUGUUGGUCAGCUGGAUGUCUAUCCAAGCAUCUGGGGACAUUGGGCCGGUGGACCACCAGGGAACAUGGAGGACGUCAAGUGGCUGGAUGAGCGCCUGGCUAAACUUUUCGCGGAGGCGCCCAAAAAUGGGUGAGCGAGACUUGUACGGGAAUGAUGGGGAAAAGCUUCACACGUGAAAUGUCGUUAACAGUUUGAGUCGGUCCGCCUGCACAGCAGCUUCAGCCUCCUGUGGAGAGAUCCAGCGGUACAAUCUUGAAUCGAG